AAUGGUUUUGAAAAUAUUUUUUAUGUAUUUUUAUAAUUAGUAUUAAUAUAUAUAGGAAAGGAGGCACUUGGAUUCCGUUUGAAAGCAAGCUGCUUCCAUAAGUGCUUCUGCCUUCAAAGUCUGUAGUAAGUAUAUAUAAGUAGUCAUUGGUAGGUUUUUUAGCUGGCAAGCAUGAAAAGUAGAAGAGGAAAGCCCUCUGAGGCCUUUUGGCCUUCACUUAUGAUGAAGAAAUGGUUAAACAUCAAGCCUAAGGAAUAUGACUUCAGUGCAGACGAGGUUGAAACCGAAACUGAAACUGAAACCGAAACUGAAAGCGAAGAUGACGCUUACUCUCAUAGAGAUGCAAGAACGCACACACGCAACGAUCAUGGCCUUCGGGAGAAGCAUUCCCUUGGCCAAAGUCCGAUUUCAGAUCUACCGUCUAUGGGUUAUCAGUUAAAACACCGGAGAGGAAAAUCAGAAACCGUGCGUGCUCAGUACAUAAACACAAAGGAUGUGAGGGUGACAAUAGGCACUUGGAAUGUUGGUGGAAGACUUCCGGAUGAAGAUCUUGAUAUUGAUGAUUGGUUAUGUAACGAAGAAUCUGCAGAUGUUUACAUUCUUGGUUUUCAAGAGGUUGUCCCUUUGAAUGCUGGGAAUGUACUGGGAGCAGAGGAUAAUAAACCAAUACCAAAAUGGGAGACAAUCAUCCGAAGAACUCUGAACAGAUCCUUGGAAUCUGAAAGUAAACACAUAAGCUACAGUGCUCCACAUUCUCCGGUUGCAAAAACUUCUUCUGUCGCUGAUGUGCUUGUGGAUGUGAUCAACGCUCAUCCGUUAGGCUUGCUGGGCAAGGAAUAUGUUGGAGCUACUGAUGGUAGCAACUUGAAACAAGGCGAAUUGACCAGAGCACUCAGUAUUGGAAAGAGUUUACACUGGAAGAGAACUUAUGGCCUUGAUUGUGACAGUAGACUAGAGUGGCCUGAGCUUUCGUUAGAUGCAACCCCUCAAGUUGUCUUAACCAACUCCAAAUUGCGGCGGGUGCUGAGCAGUUCCGCAAGAAUUGGAGGUUUGGUGGAUAAUCCUUUAAUAUUCAGUCCUCAAGGUUUUGCACCAAAAGAUGGUGGAUUGAAACGAUGGCACGGUAGCUCUGGGAACCUGCUGGGGUCAAUUUCAGUGGAGCAGCAAGAGAUGCGUCCAUUUUUUGACACUCUGUCUGAUGUGUCUGACAGUUUUGCGGAAGAGGAAGAUGAUGAUACUUUUCAUGAAUUACCAUAUGAACUAGAGAAAAAUGGACUUAUUGACGAUGAUGAGGGCGCGAAAUUACCUUCUACGUAUGUGCGAAUUGUGAGCAAGCAAAUGGUAGGGAUAUAUGUGUCUGUAUGGGUACGUAAGAAGUUGAGGAGACACAUCAACAAUAUGAAAGUAUCUCCAGUUGGGGUUGGUCUAAUGGGCUACAUGGGAAACAAGGGAUCAGUUUCUGUUAGCAUGUCACUUUACCAAUCGCGAAUGUGCUUUGUUUGUUCUCAUCUGACCUCUGGUCAGAAGGAGGGGGCUGAGCAAAGGCGGAACUCAGAUGUGUAUGAAAUUGUACGGCGUACCUGUUUCUCAUCUGUCUUUGAUACGGAUCAACCACUGACAAUUCCAUCUCAUGAUCAGAUUUUCUGGUUUGGGGAUUUGAACUAUCGGCUCAAUAUGUCGGACACAGAGGCGAGGAGGCUCAUUGCUCUCAAACGAUGGGAUGAACUUAUCAACAAUGAUCAGCUAAUCACAGAACUUCGUAGUGGGCAUGUAUUCGAAGGAUGGAAAGAGGGAGUGAUACAAUUUCCCCCAACCUACAAGUAUGAAAACAACUCUGACAGAUAUUUUGGAGAGAAUCCAAAAGAAGGAGAGAAGAAAAGAACACCAGCAUGGUGUGAUCGCAUACUAUGGCUGGGAAAAGGCAUCAAACAACUUUCUUAUAAGCGGGCAGAACUAAAGCUUUCAGAUCAUCGACCGGUUAGCUCAACCUUCAUGGUUGAAGUUGAAGUCCUAGAUCACUGGAAGCUGCAACGAGCUCUCAAUUGUACUAGCGUAGCAGUACAUCCUGAGAUAUUCCUGGACGAAUAUGAUGAUUUAGAAUCUUAAUUAGAAGAAACCAGUACAAGAAACAUAAUGUCAUUGGUGUUGCACGCCCAUUUUAACACAGACAUAUCUUUCGAGAGGAAAUUGGGGAUCAUGCUGACGAGGUUGAAAAGUUGACACCUUUUUGGACACACUGGAUUCAAGAUGCUGCUCGCAAACACCGUUACUGUCAUACCAGUGUGCAAAAGUAAAACAAUAGCUAGGAUAACACCAAGUUACAGAUAUAUACAUCAAACAUCAACGGAAAAAAAAAAGCGUAUUUCUUUCUUAGAUAUUGAACUUAAACAGUGGUGUUUUUUUGUUCGAUUUUUUGUAUAUUGGUCUACAGAUUGUCUGCGGAUGUUUGUUUGUUCUCUCUUUUUCGAUCGUUUAUGUAUAGUUCGAACAUUUGGGUUGUGAUUAAUAGAACAUGGAAGUUCCACUA